AUGGAAGGAACAGGAUCUUCUCAACUCCUCGACAGCGAAAUGCUCCAGCUUACCAGCAUGACCAGCAAUGCCCAGAGCCCUCUCUCUCGCUGCGAAGAAGACGAAUACGACGACGCCAUGACUAUCGAAGACCUCCAGCGUCGAAUUUGGCUCGACCAGCUACGCAUCGAACGAUUGAGAGAAGAAGCAGAGAAAAAGCUUCACGGCGAAGAAGAAAGCCACCGCGACGACAACAACAACAACUGCGUUGAAUCAACAAACAACAAUCUCAGUCCGAAGAUGCAGCAAUCGCGGCGAAAGAAACUAUCCCGAGUACGCGACUCGCUCAUCAAAUACAUGCUUCAACUGACCGAUCAAUGCAAGGCCCAAGGCUUCGUCUACGGGAUCAUUUCCGAAACAGGCAAGACGAUCACCGGCUCGUCGGACACCCUCCGGGCUUGGUGGAAGGAGAAGGUCCGGUUCAGCCACUCCGCUCCGAAAGCGCUCGAAGACUUCGCCCGUGAGCGAGGCUUGCCGGGCUGCCGCAACGUGGCUUCCCCAGGCUCCCUCAAGGACCUCUCCGAUACAAUGCUUGGCUCGCUUUUGUCGGCAAUGAUGCCGCAUUGUAACCCACCCCAGCGGAGGUUUCCGCUAGAGAAAGGGGUGCCGCCGCCGUGGUGGCCGACGGGGGAGGAAAGCUGGUGGGCUCUUAACGAUAUGACUAGGGGUGUACCACCGCCGCCUUAUAAAAAGCCGCAUGAUCUGAAAAAGGCUUGGAAGGUCGGCGUGUUGCUGUCGAUUGUAAAGCACAUGGCGCCGGAUUUGGAUAUGGUUAGGCGGCUUGUGAGGAAAUCUAAGUGUCUUCAGGACAAGAUGUCGGCGAGGGAUCUGAGGAUAUGGAUGGCGGUUUUGAAGGAUGAGGAGGAGGACUACCGGCGAGGCAAGGCGGAAGCCGGUGAUCCUUUCUUAGAGGAAAAUAACAUUAAUGCUAAUGAGAGGGCAGAAGAGAGUUCCGAUUUCAAUCCCACGAAGCCUGCUGCGAACAUGUUGGAUCACAUGGCAGUACUUCCGGAGACAGAAGAGAGUAGCCAUGCUUGGAUUGACGUGCUGUUCAACAGUUUCCACCGGGGUGCUAUUAAUCCAGGAGAGGACGACGGGUUUCUGCAACAGAAUGAGAGUAAUCGUUCGUUUCCAUUGCAGAUGCAGGGAUAUGAUGUGAGCAUUGAUGGAGUGAACAAGAGGAGAUCAGUCGAUUUGAACGCGGCUAAUGUGAGCUUCGAGACGGCGCUUGGCGGGGCACCAAUGGAGCUUGGGUAUCUGUUAGGAAUGGAGAAUUGGCAGGUCAAUCAGAGCAAUGGUGGAUUUCUGAAUUGCUGA